AAGUGGAGAGGAGAAAGCGGAGCGGAAGGCCAAGGCAGCAACAGCAAUCUCCCCGUCCCUGCUCGAGAAGCAAAAGCGAAGGCGAAGGCGAAGGCUAGGGCAUGCCGAACCUGGAGUGCCGGAUGUACGAGGCGCUGCUCCCGGAGGUGGGGACGGUGGUGAUGAUCCAGGUGAAGCGCCUCGCCGACCUGGGCGCCUACGUCUCGCUCCUCGAGUACAACAACAUCGAGGGCAUGAUCCUCUACUCCGAGCUCUCCCGCCGCCGCAUCCGCUCCAUCCCCUCCCUCCUCAGGAUCGGCCGCCAGGAGCCCGCCGCCGUCAUCCGCGUCGACCGCCUCAAGGCCUACGUCGACCUCUCCAAAAGCAGGGUCUCCCCGGACGACGCGCGCGCCUGCGAGGCCCGCUACGGCAGGUCCAAGCUCGUCCACUCCAUCAUGCGCCACGUCGCCGACACGCUCCACACCGACCUCGAGCCCCUCUACCACCGCAUUGCCUGGCCGCUCUACCGCACCUACGGCCACGCCUUCGACGCCUUCAAGCUCAUCGUCGCCGACCCAAAUGCUAUCCUCGACGGCCUCACCUACCACCUGACCGAGCCUGGCCCCGACGGCAACGAGGUCACUAAGAUCCUGCCUGCUGUCACCCCAGAGAUCAAGGAGGCCCUAGUUAAGAACAUAAGGAUGAGAAUGACGCCACAACCACUCAAGAUACGCGCUGAUAUCGACAUGAAAUGCUUCCAGUAUGAUGGUGUUCUCCACAUCAAGGAAGCCAUGAGGAAAGCUGAAGCAGCUGGAAACGAUGAUUGUCCUGUGAAGAUCAAGCUAGUCGCCGCCCCACUUUAUGUCCUGACCACUCAAACUCUUGAUAAGGACCAAGGGAUCUCAGUCCUUAACAAUGCUGUAAAAGCUUGUAGCGAGACAAUUGAGAAACACAAGGGGAAACUGGUGGUAAAGGAAGCGCCUAGAGUUGUGAGCGAGAGAGAGGAUAGGCUGUUCAUGGAUGACAUAGAAAAUCUGAAAACGGCCAAUGAAGAAGUUGACGGUGACGAGGACAGCGAAGAAGAGGACACAAGCAUGGGCGAAGUAGAUCUUACAAAGACCGGCGCUGACAUGUAGUGAUGCAUCAUUAGUAUUCGGGCUGGAUGAGAUAACCUGUACAGCGUAAUCUUGAAGGAUGGUAGUUUUGACUAGUUCGUCCUAGCAGGGAAUUUUGUUAGAUACAAACAUGGUUACUAGUAUCUUACAGUUAGCCAAGGCUCACAUCGAUUUAGGGCUAAUCGUUUCUGACAAUGUGCAUCGAUAUUCACGGAAGUUGUGUCCUGUCAUGACAGCAUUAAGAUGAUCGUUCCAUUGAACCGCUGACCCCUGUAGGCAGUACAUAUAUGCAGCUUAUGGGUUGGUUGGUUGUUUGGUCUUGUUUUCUGCUUGAGUGUUUCAUGUGUAGCAGUAAGUUAUAUAUAUGCAGGAGGAUCUCCUGACCACCUGUACUAGUUAUUCCCCG